GUUGACAAUAAGGGGAAUCACCUGCUGGUUCACGAGGAGUCUUCCAUCAACGUUCCGGCCAUCGCUGCUGCUCACGUCAUUAAGCGCUACGCGGCGCAGGCCUCAGACGAGCUCUCCUUUGAGGUUGGAGACAUCGUGUCUGUAAUUGACAUGCCCCCUAAGGAAGACACCACAUGGUGGAGGGGCAAACACGGCUUCCAGGUACUUUCCUUUAGAAACAACUUGAUAUUUCUUCUGUUAGUGUCUAAUCAGAAACUUUUGCUUUAAUAAAAAGAGAAAAAG